CGGGCCCCUGCAGUUUAGACAAGACGUCGUGUUUACAUCAAUUUGCCAGAGUGCCAGCGUUGAGCCCGCCCUCUUCGCUCCCGUCAAUCAAGAGACGCACACAGACUGCUGCAGGUGCAACGCUGUCACUGCAUAGGAUCAUAAAACAAGACAUUUCAUGAUGGCGUCAGCAAAUGCUAGCUAUGGACAGAAGGAGACUUCGGAUCAGAACUUCGACUACAUGUUCAAGAUCCUGAUCAUUGGUAACAGCAGCGUGGGGAAGACCUCCUUCCUCUUCCGCUACGCAGACGACUCCUUCACGCCGGCCUUCGUCAGCACGGUGGGCAUCGACUUCAAGGUGAAGACCAUCUACAGGAACGACAAGAGGAUAAAGCUACAGAUCUGGGACACAGCUGGCCAGGAGCGCUACAGGACGAUCACCACAGCGUACUACCGGGGCGCCAUGGGCUUCAUCCUGAUGUACGACAUCACCAACGAGGACUCCUUCAACGCUGUACAAGACUGGGCCACCCAGAUCAAGACGUACUCGUGGGACAACGCCCAGGUGCUGCUGGUGGGCAACAAGUGUGACAUGGAGGACGAGAGGGUGGUGGCGGCCGAGAGGGGCCGGCAGCUCUCUGAACAGCUGGGUUUUGAGUACUUCGAGGCCAGCGCCAAGGACAACAUCAACGUGAAGCAGACCUUCGAGAGGCUGGUGGACGUCAUCUGUGAGAGGAUGUCUGACAGCCUGGACAACGCCGACCCCACCGUGACCGGGGGCAAGCAGGGUCCCCAGCUCAGCGAACAGCCUCAGAGGUCCAGCCAGGACUGUGCUUGCUGAACACAACCCCCACACACAACCCCACACACACACACACACACACACACACACACACACACACACACACAGUCUAUACACACACACAGUCUAUACACACACCCACACACACAGUCAAUACACACACGCACACACGGUCAAUAACCACUGCUGAUACAUUUAAUAUCUCUCUGUCACUCUUGUUGUUACACAAACACUGCCAUAUACAGACAUGAAUCAAGCUGCAUUUUAAAUCUGUGCCCCCUGUUUAACAAAGUGGACCGUCAAAGUGAGCGAUCCUAUUGCCAGAGAUCUCUCUCUCUCUUACUUUCUCUCUCUCUCUCUCUCUUUCUCUUUCUCUUUCUUUCCUCUCUCUUUCUCUUUCUCUUUCUCUCCCUCUCGCUUUCUCUUUCUCUCUCUCUCUCUUUCUCGUUCUCUCGCUCUCACAUAUGAAGAGGCAGUUCUAUCCCUUCACACCACCCGGUGCUUGCGGGGCGAGAAAAGUUAUUUUUUUGCCACAGCCUGAAUCUGAAAUGUCACUAAAGGUCGAGGGUAGAGGCGACAACUCAUCUUCUCUUGUGACAUUUUAUUCCGUUCAAAUGUCCAAAAGCAAGUUACACCUGAUCCCCACCUUCUUCUACACACACAUACACUCUCUCAGACACACGCGCACACACACACACACACACACACACACACACACACACACACACACACACACACACACACACACACACACACACACACACACACACACACACACACAGCACUGAGGGAUCUGAAUGGACCCUAAUGGAUCUGAAUCACAACAUAAUCUUUGUUAUUUUUGAGCCCCGAUGGAUAUGUGUGUGUGUGUGUGUGUUUGUGAGUGUGUGUGUGUGUGUUAUUCGUUUUUGUUAUCCUUACUAAAUGAACUGGAUGUGAUCUUGUUGCGCAUGUUGAGUCCGUAAUCCAUCCCAGUUUUGUGGUUGAUUGAUUUGUUCUACCGGUCACGCGGGACAGGUUAGAUUAUACCUUUGCGCAAGGAAAUCAAAUGUAUUGAAAUAGCACGCAUUGUUUCAAUGAUUAGUUUGUUCUGUUCUGUAGUUCUGCUUUGGAGUUUAGGAAGGUCAUUCCUAUCGAUGGACCCUUUUUCAGUUCUUCUAGUUGGGAAACGACUUGAAGGAAAAGCGAAUGGAAAAGGAGAUGUCUUUGACCAUUAUGAGAAUGGUGUGUGUAUUAAUGUUUAGAAGAAGAAUAUACAACAGGCGUGCAUUUUUAGCAAUGCAUUACUGUAUUACGAUUGGAUAUGAUACCACUGAAAGAAGACUUUAAGAUGUUGUAUCCCAAGCUGUGCUGUUUGUGAGAGGUGCAUGACUACUAUGUCUCUUGCCCGUGAUUGGUUGAUUGGGUGGCUGUUUGGUGAAAGGUUCCUAGUCUCAGUUGCAUUACCCAAUCCGUCCGUUUGUGUUUAGUGUUUUUACUACUGGACAGUAGCAAGCGUACCCCAAAGCUUCAGAGGAACAGGGGAGGUUUGGCCUCUGGACAUCCAUAUCAAGUUUGAACCUUCAAGUCUCUACUUUUUCAUUUACCGUGCGCAUGACAAAACCAGUGCCCACGGCGACGGCAUGUUAGUCAACAUGUGUGCAUGGGUACGCCACAAAACUGCCCUUUUCAACCUUUAUCACAGAUUCCCGUGUCUAUAAAGUCAAUGUUUUUUUUUGU